GGCCACCCUGCUUCUGGCGGCCCCAACAUUCAAAAAUAAUUUGAAGGUUGCAAUUUUGCAAAUACUGAAUCAUUUUACAACCAUCCUUGAAUCAUAAUCAUGGAAGAGCAAGCCCAUAAGAAUACUGGAAAAUCCGUGCGAUAUGCACUUUUGCAACAGUGCCAGGAAAAGUCCAAGCAGAAAUGGCGAAAACUUCAAGACCAGAGAAGAAGCGAUUUCUCAUCUGUACUUCCCGAGGCCAUUCGAAAGGAUAAGAAUUUUGUGUCCCAACUCCAUAAACAGCUCAUGGCCGAUAUUGACCAGGCCAUUGGUGAGGCCUUUCAGGACAGAUUUGAUGAAUGGAACUUGAGUAGUAAGCUCGAAAAACUCGACCAAAUUGAGGAGGAUUGCAAGGAGUUGGCCAUUCAAAACGCUUGGAGACCAAGUGGAACACCCAAAGAUGAUCUGGCUGCUCAUUGUACCCAAAGGUACUUGGAUGAGCAUGAUAAGCUUGACAAUGACGUUUUUAAGCCCUUGAAGCACGACGUCACCGAUCUGCUCGCCGAAGUGCAAGUCAUGUGUCAGAAAGUUGAGGAGAACAAAUCUGAGAUUCAGACCAUCUUGGAUCAUCCUCUGGCUCAAGCAGCCAAAUGAUAACACUCAAAAAACAACUUCCAAGGGAAACACAAUAAACAGAAAUAACUUA